AUGGCACCUACAGAAUUUCUGCAACAAUUUGAAAAGAUCGAAGAGGUAGUUGCUCGAUAUGCUUUCAAGCUAUCAAGCGUCAGAUCUCCGGCUGAAAUUUACAAAGAGAAGACGGUCGAAAUCCGGGGGCGCAUCGCUCAAUUAUGGACAAGCUUGGAACUAGCCCCAGCGCCAGGAAAAUCAAGCCUCCAAGACAGUAUCGUGAAGUUAGGGGGCCAAUUAAAAGAGCUGGAAAUAAAAUACGAGGCUGGCGUGCAGGACGAGGAGAAGGCGUAUAACCGGGCGUUACAAGAAAUUGCAGACGCGCUCCGCUACGAACUCUUGGAAAUUAUUGGGCCUACGAAAAUAGAGUCGUAUCUACGAAGCAUCUCGAGCGAGAAUUCUGACCGGCAAGACUCAAACAAUGCGGCUGCUACUUGUCAGCCACAGGAUGCAACUCUCCAAGCGAUCGGCGCCAAAGAGGCAUGCGUACCUAAAGGAAUGCCCAAAAACAGGCACACAAGUCCGACGACCACUCCCGUAAGCUGCAAACGAAGGAGAACAUCGCCAGAAUCCAUGGGAAGGAAACGACGUCAGGUUGGGAAAGAUGACCCUCGUACCAAACUUGGCAAUUCUCUUGUCUCUUGUCCAGCUGUGAGGUCUUCGCGAAGAGGAACACGGCAUAGCCACAGGCGACAUGGCGACAAGAGAUCGACCACGGACGAAGACUUUGAGGGCAUCACAAACCCGGAUGCCGGCAGCAUCUAUCUCGCAUUUUGGGAAAAGUCCAAGGACUGGUUCGCUGUACUCCUACUUCCGAUGCAAGAUCUCGAAAGCGUCGGCAUUUCGGGUUCGAUAGAAAGUCUUGGCUUAGCAGAGCCUCUGGUCAUGGAGCGAGAGUUCCCCGUAAUGUACUUUGAUGGCCAAGACUUUCCCGCCAAGAGCGCCGUCGGCUGGGUCUCUGCAAGAGAUUUGAGGCAGUUCGAUGCGAACAACAAGAACUCACUUGUUCCUCACAUACGGUCGGUUCGCAAGUUUCUUAAGACUCGGGCAGAAAGACGUUCGCCAGAACGAGAAGUAGACAGGUCAAAGUCUGAGGCACCUGACGCGACAGAACCGUCAUCAAUAGAGGCAAACAGCUAUCCGCCCACGCCUCUGAAAGUUCCUCUUCAACAUCACAGUCCUCAGAUGGCAGCUCCUGACCAGGAUCAAGAGGAACCCAGUUCUCUACCCGCAACUCAGCCAGUAUCACCCUUGGAUCCCGCCGCCCUGCAUGACCCCCCCAUUCAACAACAAUCGUUACCCGAUCUUCGUAGCGAUGAGGGACAACAGCAUCGACUGAACCUGGAAGACAUUGCAACAUCUUCUCAUGGGCCGGGACGACAGCUUGAUGAAACUUGUGACAUCUUUGAGCCUAGAAGCACUGCCGCACUUCCAAAUACGACACAAGAAGGUUGUCAGGACGCUGGUUUGUUAAGACCGCAUUGCAAUGAGAGGGCAAACAGGACCGCUACCCCUGAGAAAAAUAUGGGAGCUGGGUUAUUUGGAUUAUCUGUGUCAGGGCAAGCCUCUGACGUUGCUAUAUGCCCACCGCAUCCGCCUUCAAGAGAGUUGCUUCCUAUGAACCUAAUGUCAAAUCCACUUAAAACGCCAGAAAUCUAUGCAACAGAGCCUUUUCCAUCAAGUUCAUCUAUCCCAUACGCUUCAUCAACAGACUCUGCGCAACCGGCCCUGCUCUGCGCUCUGGAGCAACAAGCCCAAGUCGAGAUGGGUCGUCCUCACAGCAAUCGACCCAUCAUCGAUGCUGCAAAUUCAACAACAGAAGAGCGACAACAAGCACAACAAGCUCCAAGCGUGGUUCAGAGCAACAAUGACGCAUUGGACGCCGUUGGCGGUACGCCAUGUAAUGCGGACCACUCACGUCUAAGUCAAAUAAGAGCUCCGUAUAACUUCGAAGCCUCCAGAACUACUAUUGUAUUGCCACCGAUCAGCUCCAUGCUUAUGCAGGGAGUGAACAGUCCUCCGUCGCACGAACCACCCGGUCAAACGCCAACUCUGAAUAAUCAGCCGUCUUCUUUUCCCGCUCGAUUGUCUCCGUUAGCCGUCAAUGCAGCAUCACCGCCGUCACUAUCACCGUCACUCUGUACUCGACCAUUGACAACCAAACUUGCCAGUAAAUCGCCAGAUGUUCAAGAAUCGUUCAAUCAAAUAUCAACUGCCCAAUAUGCACCUGCUCUUCCCGCUCAGGUCCAGAGCGAUGACUCGUUCCAUACUCGAGGGUCAUCUGCCAGCAUAUCAACUGAGCAGCGUCGCUUAAACAGCCCUGGAGCACCAACAUCUGACUCGCAUGAUGGAUGUAAUGCACAGACUUCCUGCGAGCUCGAAGUCACUCGCCCAAAGGGUGCCUGGUACAAGAAACUUCCUGAGGAUCUGAUCGCAUGUUUAGAAAAGUAUCAGCAUGAUAACAACCUCAGUCUUGGAACCGAUGGGCUACGGAUACAGCCUGGCAAAUACGUAUGUCCUUUCUGUAUCGAGUCUAAGAGGAAGCUCUAUAAGCGCCCUAGUCAUUUCUCCAACCACUUAGCAAGCCACUGGGCUGCUCUUAAGAAGAAGCAUUGA